CGGUCGGGAGGUCUGUAAAACGUGGCCUGGAUAACAUUCAGCAGAAUGUGGUUAAAAUGAAUUUGUUUUACUGACAAACUGCUCCGAAAUCUCUAAUAGAAUAAUAGCUUAGUAAUAAAUGUUAUCUGUAAAUUAUACGUUGAAAUGUUGUUUAGAUUUGAACAGACGCUGCUUUUGUCAGUCCGGAUCCAAAUCAUGAGAAACUCCAGUCCGUUUUUAACGGUCGUUAUUGUAAGCGGAAGCAGUCGAGUGUAAACAGACAUGAUGAUAAAGAUUUAACUUCACACACCAGUGUCAUGGAGAGUUAUGAAGAUUUUAUUCAGAGACUUUAUAACAGUCAUUAUAAUGAUGAUGAUGAAGAUGAUGAUGACGACUCGCAGAGACCAUCGUCACUUAUCGUGUUUCAUGGAGCUCGUGUCCUUCCUCCUCUGCUGAAUGAGCAGCAGAGAGAUGAGAUGAGACGACUGAGAGAAACAGCCAUGAGUCUGAUGAUGAUGAAGAAGAGGAGAGAGGAAGAGUCUCACGUCAGCUUUAUCAGUGAUGCUGAACGACACACAUACAAGAGUGAUGACAUCAUCUCAUCCGCUCCGCUCACGUCAACCGCUCUCGAUGGCCAAUCAGCCAAUCAGCUGAGAGCUUCUCCAGAGGACGAAUCGCAGAUCACGGUUCUGUUUGAGGGCAUUGGAUACAAAACUCAAAGAACGAAUGACGCACCUGACAAUCAUUCUCACAGCCGGAUGAUGAUGAUGAUGUCAUCGGGAUAUGUGACCAAUGACAACACAGACGUCACCUGUGACUCCAGCUGGAUUGAAGGAGAUGGGGGACCGGCUGGAGCCGUCCCCUUAGAUACGACACAACCGACCACUACAGGAAGUGACAUAAUCAGUCACGCUCCAGUAGAUGGAGCAUUCUUAGAGGAGGAGGAUGUUGUGUUGCCUUCAGAAAAUGUUACAGAACUGGUGAACCCUCCAUCUGACCCGGAUGAGGGUCCGUAUCGAAUGAGCCUUCAAAACCUGCUAAAGAAAUCCCAAGAGUACCGGCGGCGUCAGCGUCAGCUGCGCAGUCAAGCCAAAGCCAAAGCCGCAGCCGAGCAUAGUCUGUCCGAUAAGGAGAACGAGGAACUCCUUCCCAAACAGACUUGUAAGACAGAGCUGAGGAAAGCCAGAGAGAAGAGGAAGGACCAUCAAAGCCUUCAUGAUGAAGAUAACGCUCAGAUUGACACUCUUCCUCAGGCCACGUCCACAGCACUUCCUGUUACGGCCAGAUCUCUGUAUGUCUCCAAACAGAAGCCGGUCAGCAUCUCCAGAUCUUCCUCAGCAGCGGGUAAGAGAUUCACUAACAUCCCCACGCCCAAGUUCUGCUUAAGUCCCAUGCGCUGCACCAAAAAGGCCAGCAGGAUUCCCGGUCCGGUUCGGAAAGCUCUGAGCGAGUCUGAGCCGAGCGUUCCGGCUGAUGCCAACAUCCUCGGCUCGUCGAAUAAUGGAGGGAUGAUGUUGGCGCAAACAGAGCAGAUCGCUCAGCUUGAGCUAAAUCUGUCCAGCCUUAAAGCGCUGAUCUCAGACCUGGAGUCGACGCUCACGCUUUCACAGACAGGAAGUCCAAACGAUAAUGGCACUAAACAACCCUCCAUGGUCACUUUCAAUGAAACGGUCCAGGAAGAGGAUUGUGGGAUAAGUCAAGAGAACCCAAACUCGAUCCAAACCAAAACCAGUCACUCAAUCGUAGGAGUCCUCACCGAAACCGCUAAUCAUUCUGAACGAAAAAACUCAGAUGAAGCAGAAAGCUCUCUGAUAGGCUCGUCUUACGAUGUCGACGCCCCCUCCAGCCUGUGGACGCAGCUGACCCCUGAGACGGGAGGUCACGAGUGUGUGUCUCGUGUCAAACGGAGGCUCCUGAUGAACGAGGGCGAAGUGUUCACUCCCGGACGAGAGCGGUCCAGCACGCCUAGAGUGAUGUCAUCAGUGCUGCAGUCGUCUGCGCAGACGCAGGAGGAUCAGGUGACGGCUCUGAUGGAGGAAGAGUGCAGACGACAGCAGGAACUACUGCAGUCGUUAGCGGUGCGGUACCAGUUCCUGCGGAGCGUGUCCUUCCCGUGUCCCAGCGCAGGCUCACGUCUGGAGGACACGUCGACCUCGCUCCUUGGCUCAUCUGUCUGCACACACGCUGGGCUUACAGACGCGCUCCACACCUCACGGCAGUGCUGUCUCUCUCUGGUGGCGUCCUGUCGCCCUCUACUGGCGGCGCUGGCGAGGGGUUUCCUGACCCGUCGACUCCUGCGCACAGAACGCGUGACGCGGCUCAUCAGGACCAUCAAGGACACACAGACGUUCCUGCUGACGUUCCAGCGGCAGACGUCCAUCGGCGGCCGACACGACCUCAUGCUGCAGGAUCGCGUCACACUGCAGCUGCGAGCGGCACGGUACGAGCUGCACGAGAUCUUCUUCAGCACGAGCUCCUGCGACCGCAUGCAGAUGAUCCGCUGCGACCGAGAGCUGAGCCGAGACCGGCGACUCAAACCACACGAUAAUAAAGUGAAGGGAUUUCUCUCAGCCGCCACCAGGAAAGCUUUAGAGCGCAAGAAGCUGGUCAUGCUACAGAGGAAGUCAGCUGACAGGAAGAAGUUUUCACCGUCGGAUGUGGAGAAAUGGAACCUUGUGCCAAAAAUUUGUCGGGUUUCAAAGAAAAUCACUGCGAGAUGAACGCAGCGCGACACAAACUCUUUUAUACUCGUGUUUUUAUAUUAUUGUGUUGAACAUGUUUUCAGUUAUUCAGCGCAGGUUUAUUUAUGUUUCCUCUGAGAGUCUGUGCAUCUCUCAGCUUCAGCUCUGCUGUCAUUCCUUGCUGGUUUUCUAUCUUUGCACACUUCAAUAAAUUAUUAAUAAUGA